UUUUGUGUCCGUCUGGUGGGUUGUUUGUGUCUAUGGUUCCUCCUGAACAGGGGCCACUGGUGCCUCCUCUUAAUAAAGAAGAUGGAGCCUCGUCAUGGGAUCAUGAAGGCUUUUCCCAAAGUCAAAAGGGUUAGAGGACUACAGGUGAAGGACGUACCACCACUGAAGAAGAAACCAGAUGACUGUGAUGUCUCAGGAAACUCUUUCAGUGGCGUCACCGUGUACAUCCUGCCGGCCGGAAUAGGAAGUGCCAGAUGCCAGAUUUUCCAAAAACAAAUUCAGCAGAACGGAGGACAGACAGAGACUUCACUGAGUCCUGCUGUCACUCAUGUUGUUGUAGAUGACAACAUGGAUAGUGACAGAGCUCUGCGGCUACUGAAAGUGGAUUGCAUGCCCUCUGGAGUCCAACUGGUGAAAUGCACUUGGUUGAGUUUGUGUAUUAGCGGGAAACAACUGCUGGAUGUAUCCAACUACAGCCUUCUUAUACCCAAGAGGGACCCUGAAACACAACAUGAAAAUAUUGAAGAAGAGUUGUCGAAUGUCCAGCCUGCUGCAGGAAACAUUGUCGAGCCACCGCCACAUCAAACCAAGCAAGAGGAGACCACAGAUACGUCUGUAACUGAUACCAAAGAAACACCACGAGGGGAAGAAGACGGCGUCUCACAGAACGACCUGCAGGCGCUCAUCACUGGCCAGCACCCCAAAGAGGAGAUUCCUGACUCCAGCCUCGACCCGAGUGUUGACGUAGACACUACAGCUCAGAGGGCGGUAUCGGGAAAGUGGGUCUGUGCCCAGUCCUCUCAGUCCAAAAGUAAUAACUUCAACAAGCACAUCACGGACAAACUAGAAGUGCUGGCCAAGGCCUACACACACCAGGGGGACAAGUGGAGGGCGCUGGGCUACUCUAAGGCUGUCAACGCACUCAAGAGUUACCACAAGCCUAUUACAUCAUACCAGGAGGCAUGUCAGAUUCCAGGAAUUGGGAAACGUAUGGCUGACAAAAUUGAUGAGAUCAUGGAGAGUGGGCAUCUCCGGAAGCUGGAUCACAUCGGGGAGGCUGUGCCAGUACUGGAGCUUUUCACCAAUAUAUGGGGUGCUGGAGCUAAAACUGCUCAACUGUGGUACCAACAGGGAUUUCGCACUUUGGAGGACAUCCGCACAAAAGCCCACCUCAACAACACUCAGAAAAUAGGACUCAAGCACUACGAUGACUUUCUGGACCGCAUGCCCAGAGAAGAAGCAGCAGCAAUAGAGAAAGUGGUGAGAGAAACAGCUCAGUCUAUAAACCCAGGCUUGGUGGCGAUGGCAUGUGGCUCCUACCGUCGGGGAAAAGCAACAUGUGGAGAUGUUGACGUUCUCAUAUCUCACCCCGAUGGCAAGUCCCACAAGGGAAUUUUCAGCAAAGUGUUACAGAACCUCCGUGAUACUGGGUUUUUAACAGAUGACCUGGUGAGUCACGAGGAGAACGGAGAGCAGAAGAAAUACAUGGGUGUGUGCCGCUUGCCAGGACCCAACCAACGACAUCGUAGGCUGGACAUCAUCGUAGUGCCCUAUGACGAGUUUGCCUGCGCUCUCAUGUAUUUCACCGGGUCAGCCCACUUUAACCGCUCGUUGAGAGCACUGGCAAAGACAAAAAACAUGAGCUUAUCCGAGCAUUCGCUCAACAAAGCUGUGGUGCGUCAGGGAAACUUGAAAGUGUAUGGUGGCAUUCCACUCCCAACACCGACAGAGAAGGAUGUUUUUAGUGUUUUAGGAAUACCGUACAGGGAGCCUCGUGAAAGAGACUGGUGAGGAUUUGCAAUUUACAAUGUUACAUGUUUGAUUUUAUUUAAAAAAUAAUCAUGAUUGAUCGUGCAAUCACACUCAAAUAAUGGAUGUUAUUCUGCUCCAUAGAUCACAUGGGAGCUCUAUUUAUACUUGAAUGCUAAUUUUAUUCCACAGAUAAAAAAAAGGGUUGGGGUCACACAAAACACAGAAACAACUUUCUUCCUCAUCUUACUUUCGUAUCCAUCCUCCUCGGAUUGUUUUAGCUUCAUACAAUAAUGUGUUCAAGGUGUAGUAAAUGGAAUGUAGUUGUAGAUUUCAGAGCUGUUAACAAACAAGUUAACUAGGAAUGCUUUCAAAGAUGUGUGGUGGUUUAGUUUUAUGAAUUUUCCACAACAUAAACUAUAAAAUUAAAUUAUACACUCAAUAGCCACUUUAUUUUAUACACUUGUUCAACUGCCUGUUAACGUAAAUAUAUAAUCAGCUGAUCUUACGGCAAAAACUCAGUGCAUUUAGGCUCGUAGAUAUGGUCAAUACAACCUGCUGAAGUUCAAACUGAGCAUCAGAAUGUGAUGUAGUGUCUAAGAAACUGCUGAUCUAAUUUCCCACACAAAACCAUCAAUAACCUUUGCUCUGAAAACAGGUUGAACCUUAAACCAGCAGAAGACUGCAUCUGGUGUGACGCCUGCCACUUUUUUAGGUAUCUUGUGUACCUAAUAAAGUGACCCUCGAGUGCA